AUAAUAAACGAGAAGAAAAAAAAAAGAAAAAGAAAAUAAGGAUAUUAAAGAGUAGAACUGAAAUCGAAAAUUUAAAACCAAAAAAGAAAGAAGAAGAAAUCAUCCAUUUCCACCAGAAAGUUACAAUAUCAACAAAACCGUCAAGUAAUCGCACGAACAGGUUGUAUUUGUAUUCUGGAGUGUUGUUAAAGAUGGCAAGGAUCAAACCUCAAGCACUUCUGCUACAAAGCAAAAAGAAGAAAGCACCGAGUCGAAUAAGCCCCGUUACUAUAAUCCUUUGCUCAUUAAUUAUUUUAUUAUCUCUCUUUUUCUUGUAUUCUACAUACAGACACUGGUCCUUAAGGUCAAGACUCCAAUCUGAAAGUGUCAACUCAGGCUUUGAGGGUGACAAUGCUUUUGCGAGAACAAAGAAGUCUGAUCUCCCAAAAUAUGCAGUUUUGAAUACAUCCAAAGGCUUUAUAACAGUGGAACUUUUCAAGGAUGGAUCUUUUGAUGUUGUUGACAAGUUCAUUGACUUGUGUAAAAGUGGGCACUUCAAGCAGAUGCCUUUUCGUCAUGUCAUAAAGCAUUAUGUGAUUCAAGCAGGGGAUGCUGAUAAUCAUGGGGCUGCAGAAGAUUGGACUUUGAAGGGGAAGCGUUACAGUCAACUCGAUACAAGUUUGAAGCAUGAGGCAUUCAUGCUCGGAACUUCCAAGGCAAAACAUGAUGAGAAAACAUUUGAGCUCUUCAUUACAACUGCACCAAUCCCGGAUCUGACUGAGAAGUUGAUAGUUUUUGGACGGGUCGUUAAAGGAGAAGAUGUUGUUCAGGAAAUUGAAGAGGUGGAUACAGAUGAAUAUUUUAAGCCUAAAUCUCAUAUAAAGAUCAUCAAUGUGACUCUAAAGGACGAAAUCUGAGGCUGUUCCGAUGAGAAGAUGUGUCUUUUUAAUUGCAUUUUGGUUAGAUUCCACUUUCUACAUGCCAUGUUUCUGCCAGACUUGUAAUAUGAAAAGUGUGCAUUUGGGGACCCUGUCAUCAGCUCGAGGAAUUGUUUCAGGAUGAAGAUCAAUACGGGUUCAAGCAAUUUUAAAUUGGCAUGUGUAGACUGAUAUCAAUUCUAUUUGGCAUUUUUUCAUAUCAGGCUGGAUCGUACACUAAAUUACAUUGUAUAACAAGUUGAUGCAAUCUUUACUUGAAAAUAUUGAGGAAAAGGGGGAAAAGAAGAAGAAAAUGAAUUUUUGAUGAA